AUGCUGCCACCUUGCGGUCUUUUCCAGUCGUACGAGGAACCAUGGCUGUAGGCAAAAAUAAGAGGUUAACUAAAGGAGGCAAGAAGGGUGCCAAGAAGAAGAUUGUUGACCCUUUCACCAAGAAGGAUUGGUACGAUGUCAAGGCUCCAUCCAUGUUCAACAUACGCCAGAUUGGCAAGACUCUUGUUACAAGGACACAGGGAACCAAAAUUGCUUCUGAGGGCCUGAAGGGACGUGUGUUCGAGGUGUCCAUGGCAGAUCUGCAGAAUGACGAAGUAGCAUUCCGCAAGUUUCGUCUGAUUUCCGAAGAGGUUCAAGGCCGUAAUGUGCUUUGCAACUUCCACGGCAUGGACAUGACCACUGACAAACUGCGAUCCAUGGUCAAGAAGUGGCAGACUCUGAUCGAGGCCUACGUCAACGUGACGACGACCGAUGGCUACCAGCUGCGUGUCUUCUGCCUCGGCUUCACGAAGAGGAGGCAGGACCAGAUGAAGAAGACCUGCUACGCGCAGAGCACCCAGGUCGUCAACAUCCGCCGCAAGAUGGUCGACAUUAUCACGAGAGAGGUGUCUAAUAGCGACUUGAAGGAAGUUGUCAACAAGCUGAUUCCAGACAGCAUAGGCAAGGACAUUGAGAAGGCCUGCCAGGGCAUCUACCCACUCCACGAUGUGUACAUCCGCAAGGUGAAGGUGCUGAAGAAACCUAGGUUCGAUUUGGGCAAGCUGAUGGAGUUGCAUGGAGAAGGGUCGUCAACAACCACCACUUCAAAGCCGGGAGAGGAAGGCACCAAGGUUGAGAGGGUCACGGAUGGUUUCGAGCCACCUAUACAGGAAUCCGUGUAAAUUAUGCACUGAAGAGUCAAGUAAAUAAAAAAUCAAGUUGUCAAAGAA